AUGAUGUGGUCGACCUUCCUGGUGGCGGACGAGGAGGGCCGCGGCGUGGGCCCGGCCGCCACCCCCACAGUGGGAGCGGGGGCGCACGGCGGGGCCCAGGGCACGGGCGGCCUGGCGGGCCUGAUGAGCGGACGCACCACCUUUGGCGGGAACAAGCGGCGCCGGACGGGACACGCCAUGACCGAGGCGCAGGAAGGGAAGAUCAAGCUGGCGUUCUUCGUGGCCAUCGUGGGCGUCAUCCUGACCGUGCUCGGCGUGGGCACCGAGUUUUGGGCGGAGCUGGCCCCGCCCAAAAGUUUAUAUGGCAACCAGACGUGUCCGGCGGUGCACUUCGGCCUGUGGAAGGGUUGCACCAAGACGUUGUGGGUGGCCGAUAUCGACCCGGAGAGAGAGAGCUGCGGACCCGCCGAGCUGCCCGGAGAGUCCAACUGCACGUACUUCAAGUUCUUCACGACGGGCGAGAACGCCGUCAUGUUCCACAAGACCACACAAAAAAACCUGAACGUGGCGGCGGCCAUGUUGUCGGUGUUCAGCCUGGUGCUGAUGGUGAUGGGCGCCAUCUGCAUCAGCAUGGCGCUCAGCAAGGAAAUCGCCUUCUUCCUCAAGCCCGCGUCCUUCUGCUUCAUUCUGGCAGGUGUGCUGGUUCUGUUGUCUCUGCUGGUCUUCCAGCAGUCGGUGUGGUCUCUCCUGGCCAGCGACCACACGGUGCCGCUGCACCACAACUUCUCCUGGUCCGUGUCGUGCGUGGGCAUCGCCGGCGCCGUCUUGAUUGCGGGCGGCAUCCUCUUCCUGCUCCUGGCUCUGCCCUACAGCCCCUGGCGGAGGUGCCACAACGGUGCCGGCUAG